UCAUAAAAAAAAAAAAAAAAAAAAAAAAAUGGAGGCAGAAUUUUGUGGUCAUGUUGUGUUGUUACCAUACCCAGCACAAGGCCACAUUAAUCCUAUUCUGCAAUUCGCUAAACGUUUAGCCUCCAAAGGCGUUAAGGCCACCAUAGCCACCACCACCUACACCGUCAAAUCCAUCCACGCCGCCGCCGUCACGGUAGAGCCCAUCUCCGACGGCUUCGACGACGGCGGCUUUUCUCAAGCCCAGAACGUAGACGCGUUUCUCACUUCUUUCGAAGCAAACGGCUCCACGACUCUGUCCAACGUCAUAGCCAAGUACGAGGAUUCGCCGCAUCCCGUGAACUGUGUCGUCUACGACUCGUUCUUCCCGUGGGCACUGGACGUGGCAAAACGCCGCGGCGUAUACGCGGCGUCGUUUUUUACCAACUCCGCCACGGUUUGCGCGGUUUUCGCUCACAUCCACCGUGGGAAUCUCCGGCUUCCGGUGGAGAUUAAGGAGAACGAGGCGGUGGUCCUGCCGGGGAUUCCGCCGCUGUACGGCCCGGAAAUCCCGAGGUUUAUCACGGCGCCGGAUAGCUAUCCGGCUUACUUGCGCAUGAAGAUGAGGCAAUUCUCCAACGUGGCAAAUGCUGAUUGGAUAUUUGGCAAUACGUUUCAAGAAUUAGAAGGCCAGGUUAUGGCAGGGGUGUGGGAUGUUUGGCCUGCCAAACUAAUUGGGCCAAUGGUGCCUUCAUCAUAUUUGGAUGGCAGGAUUGAAGGGGACAAGGGCUAUGGUGCAAGUCUAUGGAAACCCCUUGGUGAAGAGUGUCUCACAUGGCUGAAAUCAAAGCCCAAUCAAUCUGUAGUUUAUAUUUCAUUUGGAAGUAUGGUGUCACUCAGCUCUAAACAGAUGGAAGAAAUGGUUUGGGCCUUGAUAGCUUCGGACUUGGACUUCCUUUGGGUCGUGAGGGAGUCGGAGAGGGAAAAACUGCCCGACGAGUUCAUAGAGGUCGUCACACCAGAAAAAGGACUAAUCGUGCCGUGGUGCAACCAACUCGAAAUGCUGGCCCAUCCUUCAAUUGGAUGCUUUGUGACACACUGUGGAUGGAACUCGACUCUAGAACUACUUAGCCUUGGAGUCCCAACCGUGGCAAUGCCGCAAUGGUCUGAUCAAUUUACUGACGCGAAAUUUAUCGAAGAGAUAUGGAAGGUUGGCAUUUGGCCUAAGUUGGACAAGUAUGGGGUUGUGAACAGAGAAGAGCUUGUGUACUGUCUUAAGGAAGUGAUGGAAGGGGAGAGGAGUGAAGAGAUAAAGAGGAAUGCAAGAAAGUGGAGAGAGUUGGCUAAGGGUGCGGUUAGUGAAGGAGGAAGCUCGGACAAUGAUAUCAAUGAGUUUGUGGAGCAUUUGAAAUGUGCUAAAAUUGGGAAAUAAUUAAGCCAAAGAGAAAUAUUAAUUAUUAAUUAGCCAAAAAGAUCAACUUUUUUAUAUAUAUAUAUAAGAUAA